AUGGGAUCGGGUCCUCCCUCCAGUCAUGCGUGUCUGGGACCCCGCAGGCUGCGGUUCAUGAGACGGCUGCUGCUGCUGGCCGCCCUAGCGGCGGCCGUACAUUUGAACGCGGGCUCACUCACGCUUCUUGACAGCUGGGGGCCCGCUAAAUCAGUGCUACUCCGGCAAGUGUCGGACGGCCGCCGCCUGCUUCGCGCCGUGCUCCGCAACAACCAUAUCACCGAGUGUGAGCUGCAGCGUGACGCCCAGGCGUUGGGGCGCUUCUACCAAGAGGUCGGCGCGCACUUGCAGUGCCGAGGAAAUGCAACGGACCCGUGCAAAGGCGUGCGUCUGCAGCAUCUACGGUCGCCGCUCGAAUGGCGUCGCAUGAGGCGUGCGUGUACCAGGCUGCAGAAGGGGCCUUCGAGGCGUCGCAGGGAUCUGCUCAUGUACCCGGGCACCAAUUGGUGUGGCUCGGGAAGUUCAGCGCGAAAGCUAAACGAGCUGGGGCCCAACUCGAGGGUGGACCGCUGCUGCCGCGAACACGACCACUGCCCUUACACCAUCGAGGCAUUCCAGAGGAGGUUUCACCUGUUCAACUACCGGCUGCACACACUCAGUCACUGUGAGUGUGAUGAGAGAUUCCGGAGCUGCUUGAAAAUGGCCAACCACGGGGCUUCGUAUAUGGUGGGCAAGCUGUACUUCAACGUGGUACAGACCAAGUGCUUCAUCUUCAAGUACCGAGAAGUCUGCGAACUUCGCUCCUGGUGGGGGCAGUGCCUGCAGCGAGAGAAGAAGAAAGUCGCCGUGCUUAGGAGCGGAAUGACCUACUAAGAGGCGCAGCGGUUGUACUCGUAUCCGUAAAAGAACACAGUAGCAAUUAACGCCAAUUACGCCAGGCUAACUUAGGCUUCUCACUAGAAAAUUUCAUAAAAUGAGCAGCUGACUGCGCAUAAACAUGCCCAAUCCCCCCACCCACAGCGAAAAAAGAAAGUAUACCUGGGCGAUAUCACCAAUCUGCAUAUCAUUUAAACGAAUGUGCUCAUACUGCAAGAUAAAGCGACGGUGCCCAGCCUUUUCCAAAUUUCAGGUGCUGCUGUGUGGGUUCAAUAACAUGUGACUGAGCCAGGACAGUUUAGGAUAGUAUUUACUGUGGACUGUAUGUAGGACUAUAUACGACAUGAAAGUCGAAGCAUCAUGUAAAAACAUCUACCGAACUGCAUGGCCACGUGCGAACCAGAGCACCUUGAGUUUUGUAUCACAGUACGCAAAUAAAUAAAGUUAGCAAUUCGCGGAAAAA